AUGUCAUUGAGACAUUCUCGAAGUCAGCCAACCGGUAUAACAUGCCCAGAGCACCGGGUGUACUCCAUUUCCAACGCUAUCCACGCGGGCGAUGCAGAAAAACACAGAGACGAGCUCCAAGCUGACGAGCACACCGACUAUGACUCAAUCACCUUGCUCUUACACAACGGUGUACCUGGUUUGGAGCUGGCGGGCAUGCCUAGCCCAGUUAUUCCAAAGAAUCAACCCGCUAAUGAAUAUGUACCAGAUGAUAUUCUUGCAUUGACAUCCGAUGAGUACUUGGACUAUCGCUAUCGAAAGUCUGUCGAGUAA